AAGGACCCCUGAAGGCUCUAAAAUCAGAACGCGGGCUAAUGUAAACUUAUAAAAACAUUGUAUAUUUUUGUUAAAGUUUUCAUGCAAAUAAAAAUAUAACUGAGAAAUCUCGAAACGUAUGUGGGAUUAACGUUUAGUCGCUGCAGUCUCACCACAGAAGAGUGAAGUUUUUCUUCUGAGCUGGUAAAAACUAGCUGGUUAAUUUAGCUAGCUAACAGCUAAUGCUGCUACAGCUGCGCAGUUACGUUUCACAGAAAACACCCUCACUGAUAGUAACCAGCCAAACCUGUUUACUUAAGCUGUGUUUUCCUGCAAAAAUAUAUCUUGGAGAGUGGCAUGGGCCGACUUUAUCAAACUUUGCUAGCUGACUGGUGCUAACUGCAACAUAACCACAAAGCCACGAUGAAGAGAAGAGCUGAGGCUGCGUCUGCACCACUGCAGGGGACAAAGAGGCUUCGUGAUGACAGCAGCUCAGAUGAGGAGUCACAGUUAUCCAGACAAGACUCUAGCCAAAAUGAUUCCCUCAGUGACCAGGAGGAUCAAAGACAGGGAUUCUCCAGGCCCUCCGUAUCAUCCUUUGAUGACCAAGACAGUGACGCCACACAGACCUCCUCCAGUUUCUCUAUGUACAACAGUGUGUCACAGAAACUCAUGGCCAAGAUGGGCUUCCGUGAGGGUGAAGGUCUGGGGAAGUUUGGCCAGGGACGCAAAGAGAUUGUUGAGGCCUCAACUCAGCGAGGGAGAAGAGGUCUCGGUCUCACACUGCAGGGCUUUCAGGGGGAGCUAAAUGUCGACUGGCGCGAUGAACCAGAGCCCAGUGCCAUAGAGAAGGUAGACUGGUUCCCAGAAUGCACCACAGAGAUCCCAGAUUCAGAUGAGCUGAGGGACUGGAUGAUCCUUGGACGGAGAAAACUUAAGAUUGAGGAUGAGACAGAGUUUUGCACUGAAGACCUCCUGCACACUCUUCUAAGGUGCAAGUCAGUAUUUGAUAACCUGGAAGGCGAGGAGAUGAGGAGAGCACGGACACGCUCUAAUCCUUACGAGAUGAUCAGAGGAGGCAUCUUCCUCAACAGGGCAGCUAUGAAAAUGUCCAACAUCGACCACUGCUUUGACAAUAUGUUCACCAACCCAAAGGAUUCACAAGGGAAACCUCUGACAAAGGACCGCGAGGGCGAGCUUCUGUACUUCGGCGACGUCUGUGCAGGUCCUGGAGGCUUUUCAGAGUACAUACUUUGGAAGAGGCGUUGGCAUGCCAAGGGGUUUGGCAUGACGCUGAAAGGACCCUGUGACUUCAAACUGGAAGAUUUCUUCGCAGCACCAAGCGAGCUGUUUGAGCCUUACUAUGGUGAGGGCGGGGUGGAUGGGGACGGCGACAUCACACGGCCAGAAAACAUAACUGCCUUUCGAAACUUUGUCCUGGAGAGUACAGAAAAAAGAGGGCUGCACUUCCUCAUGGCAGAUGGGGGUUUCUCUGUGGAAGGCCAGGAAAACAUCCAGGAGAUCCUGAGCAAACAGCUGCUGCUCUGUCAGUUUCUCACGGCCAUCUCUACUCUCAGGACAGGUGGUCACUUCGUCUGCAAGACUUUUGACCUCUUCACUCCCUUCAGUGUGGGUUUGAUCUACCUGCUCUACCUCUGCUUCGACAGGAUCUCUCUCUUCAAACCUGUUACCAGCAGGCCCGCCAACUCUGAGAGGUACAUCGUGUGUCGUGGUCUGAAGCCCGGUUCAGACGCUGUCAGGGAAUACAUGUUCAGAGUCAACCUGAAGCUGAACCAACUGAAGAACACAGACACCGACGUCACAGACGUGGUUCCCUUGAGCAUCAUCAAGGAAGACACCGACUUCUACCAGUUUAUGAUUAACUCCAAUGAGAGCCUCUGUGCAGUCCAGAUCAAGGCCUUGGCUAAGAUCCACGCCUUUGUCUUGGACCCAAGUCAUUCAGAGCCAAAGCAAGCAGACAUCAGGAAGGAGUGUCUGAAACUUUGGGGGGUCCCUGACAAGGCCAGAGUCACUCCUGCUUCCUCGGAUCCAAAGUCUAAAUUCUAUGAACUGGUUAAGAAUUCAGACGUGGAGUCGUUCCAGUGUAAACUCACACCUCUCAACUCCAGCACAAUCGAGAAGCUGCGUCAUAUCCUGGACCACAGGUGCAUUGUGGGAGGUGGAGAGCAGAUCUUCCUCCUGUCGCUGGGGAAGUCUCAGAUAUACACGUGGGAUGGGAAGAUGCCUGUGCGCUGGAGGAAACUGGAGAAUUUCAAGCUGGAGCUGCCAAGAGAUACACUUCUCAGUGUGGAGAUAGUCCAAGAGCUGAAGGGCGAGGGCAAAGCUCAGCGUAGAAUCAAUGCAGUUCACGUAAUGGAUGCACUGGUGCUGAACGGCACUGACGUAAGAGACAAGCACUUCAACCAAAGGAUCCAGAUGGCUGAGAAGUUUGUGAAGGCAGUGGCCAAACCCAGCAGACCAGACAUGAACCCUAUCAGAGUCAAGGAGGUUUACAGGCUGGAGGAAAUGGAGAAAAUCUUUGUCAGACUAGAGAUGAAGGUGACAAAGAGUUCAGGAGGUGUCCCGCGUCUGUCCUACACCGGCAGGGAUGACCGACACUUCCUUCCGACCGGCCUUUACAUCAUUAAGACUGUCAAUGAGCCGUGGACGAUGGCAUACAGUAAAAACUCCAAGAUGAAGUUCUUCUUUAAUAAGAUAACCAAGGACUCCACCUAUGAAAUGCCACCCAACUCUGCUGCCCCCUUCCAUGUUUGCCACUCGGAGCGGCUCUUCUGGGCCUGGGUGGAAGGGGUGAUUGUCCACGAUUCUCAGACACGGAUGGACCCUGAGAAACUGUCCAAAGAUUAUGUUUUGUCCUUCGUCCACCAGAAUUACCAGCCCUGAAACACUGACAGAGCUCCAAAGCUUCACCAGCCACAGCCUGCAGAAUGCACUAACUUAUGGAGGAUGUACAGCCUUAGCAAAUGUUGUCACACAAUACCUUAACUGAUAUUUAUUUUGACAUUAAAAGAGGGAUUCAUAAAUUAAAUCUACCAAUACACGCAUCAACACCAUCAUAUAUAUUCAAUAAUCUAUGAAAAUCCAAGUAUUUAUUAAUCCCUGCUUUUAUUGUCCAGUUAAAUAUCAAUUAAUAAACUGCUUUAUAACUGUUGUCAAGACCAUGCGACAUGAUUCCUCCGUAUCAUGUCGCUCAGAGAAAUUAUUACCAGGUUGUAAGUGGAGUUCUGGGGCCGAAGUGAUGAACUGUUUGCUGCUAUUUCUAGCAGUGACAUUUGGACUCCGUGUAAGCAACGGAUGUUUGACAAACCGCUCUCUUUCUGCCUUUUCCACUGCCCUUGGCUCUAUGAAUUGUAAUGAAUAAGACUCUCCUCAUAGGACAAUAUGGAGACAAAACGCUGUUGCUGUCUCUACAUUGGAUUGCAUGUCCCUGUAGAUGAAGGUUUUCCAGUUCCUCGUCCAUACAAAGCUUGCGUGUGCGUGUGUGUGCAUACAUCACAAGAGAGAUGCAUCUACAAUUUUGAUUAUGCUAGAUAGAGUUACAAUUGUUAAUCUAUGCAUCUGUAAACACAGUCUCGCUUGCCUUGCCUCUACAGCCUGCUCGAAAUAUACCUGAUCCUGGAUCUGUUUGACCAGGCUCUCACCCCAACAGGCUUCUUAUUGUCACACCUGCAAAACUGCAGCCUCAACACAUCAAACACCUUAAUCUUGCUCAGUUACAGAUGUAGCCACUGUUUCACAUUCAUACCUGGUCCAUCACACCACGUGUGUCUGUGUGUGUGAGUGUGUGUGUGUUAAAAAUUUGGAUGGUGUCCUGAUGUGGUCCUUUAAGGUUUGUUUCUACUCCAACACCUCUUUGUGAUUGUGCCUCAUAUCGCCCAGACUGUGUGUUUCUUAAAUAUUGCAAAUGAGUUAUUUUUCUUCUUGCAAAGUUAGCUAGCAAUCCCUUUGAUGUAAAUAAUGAUAAUGUGGUAAAUAAAGGGGAGAUGCUCUUCCAAGAAAUAAC